AUGGCGCGCGCGCUGUGGGAGGAAACGGAGGCGCAGUUCGAAGGGCGGCUGCAGGAGUGGCGCAGGCAGAGCGCGCGCCUGCAGGGGGUGGCGCAGCGGAAGCGGGAGAAGCGCGCCAGGCGCGCCAGACGCCGCAAGAACGACACGGCCACCCCGACUCCGUGGGAGGAGAAUCGGCCGGCGGGAGAGUCCCCAUGCAGCCCCAGGAGCACCGCACCGGUGAUCAACGUCACCACUCUGGACCACAUUCUAUCGCGCACGCAGUACCCGCCCACCCAGACCGUCACGCUGGUGCUGCAGGCGUCGAUCACUCUCAACCACUCGCUGCUGCUCGACUCCAACUUCUCCUGCACCAUCUUCCAGUCCGACUCGCUCCUCAGCGAAUACGUUCUGGAGAUUACUACUGACACGGAGCCCGUGCUUCAGGUGCACAACGCGAGCAACAUCGUGUUCAUUGGGAUCGGUCUGAGGAGUCCUGUCAGAAACGGAUCAGCUUAUUGCGAGUCGCUGCCCGAGUAUGGCCACCUGCUGGGAGUCGACCUGCUGUGCCCCGCUCUGCUCAUCUACAGGUCGUACGGCAUUCAGUUCACGCAGGCGUCAGUGGUGGGGUGGAUAGAUGUGUUCCGCUGCGCAUACACGAAGCUCGACUCGCUCUUUGCCACGGCGCCGUGGGACUUCCAGUACCACCCGGGGGUCAUCCGCAUGGGCAUGAGCGGCAUGGGCGUCAACCUCACCUCCUCCGAGAAUAUCAUCUCCAAUAACGACCUCUUUGGCGCGUGGGAGCUCAUCUAUCUCUAUCGCGGCACCAUCGGCGCCACCGUUCGCAACAACUUCCUCCACGACUACCUCUUCUCAGGCUUCAGGUGUGGUGCGGACGUGCAUUUCGCGUGGGACUGUGCGCUGACGACAGUGAAGCACAACUUUGUGUUCUCCCCGCAGAAGAAGAACCUCACAGGCGACUCUGCUGGCAUCUACUUCUGCACGCACUGGUUCAAUCCCGGCAACACGGUGAGCUGCAACUAUGUGAUAGGCGGGGACCACUGCUACUACCUGGACUACUGCACGUCAGGCGUGGCCAUUCAGGGGGGCGUGUGCCUGCAGCUGUGGGACGGCGUGAAGCUCAACAACGGCAAGAGGAACCACAUCCGCAGCCUGCUCAUGGUGGGGCUGGGCCAGAGCCCCGGCUACAUCACGUGUUUGACUGUCACGCUGAACCACUGCAGGAAGGACCCCGGGUCCUAUUGGGAGGCCAUGCGGAAGCUGUACUACGAUACACCUGAGAUUAAUAAGGAAUGGCCGUGGAUGAAGCAUGUUAAGAUUUCAGGUCUCUAG